CACAUUUACUGAAUUGGCCUUUAAAUACAAAGUUUAAAACCUUUUCAAAACCACACUGUGAUUUAGGGGUUUCAGUGCUCUGCCUUGUUCACAAAAAUUAGGUCAAGCUCCUGGUCUCAAAUUCUCAAUCAACCUAUAUCAAUCACCAUUGCAAUCAUGUCCGGUAGAAAAGAAACUGUUCUUGAUUUAGCCAAGUUUGUCGACAAGGGAGUUCAAGUUAAGCUUACUGGCGGAAGACAAGUGACAGGAACACUUAAAGGAUAUGAUCAGUUAUUGAACCUUGUGUUGGAUGAAGCUGUAGAGUUCCUUAGAGAUGCAGAUGAUCCACUGAAAACAACUGAUCAGACCAGGCGCCUGGGCUUGAUAGUUUGUAGAGGAACUGCUGUGAUGCUGGUUUCUCCUACUGAUGGGACGGAUGAGAUCGCAAACCCCUUUGUGCAGCCAGAUGGAGCAUAGAUUUCAAUUAGCCCUUGACCAGUGUUCUCUUUUAUGUUCUUAAGUCCUAAUCAGUCAAAGCAUAUAUCCUGACAGUUACAUGAUUGAUUCUGCUUGCUGUGAACAAAUGAAACCCUUGUAAUUCUGUUAGAAAAGUGUAUGUAUUUAACUUGAUUUUCCUGCCUAUUGGUCUGCGGCAGCGCUUAUUAAUGUUUGCAAGAUUUCCCCAA